AUGCUGCGCAACCUGCCCCGCUGGCUGACGCAGAAAGGCCUCGUGGACGAGAUCCACGCCAGCGGCUUCGAGGGCCGUUGCGACUUCUGCUACGUGCCGCAGGACUUCCAAUCGAAGGUGAACCACGGGCACGCCUUUGUCAACCUCACGUCGCCAGAGGCGGCAGCGGAGUUCCUGCGAGAGUGGCAGCAGAAGCGGCACUUCUCCUCGGCGUGGCGCCUCCAGUCGCCCAUCAACAUCUCCACGGCCAGAGUCCAGGGCCUCGCCGCAAACAUGUCCAGCCCGCGCAUGAGGCGCGUGCGCAACUCGACCUUCAGGCCCUUCGUGCUGGAAGGCAGAGCCGCGGGGCUUCGCAUCGACGCGCGCGGCCCGUGA